GAGCCGGUGGAGCCUACGUCACUUCCUGGAGUUAUAUCCAUUUGUUUGUGGCCAGCAGUUGCCUACUGCGUAAACACCAAAGAAAUCGCUACUGUUUCACUUUACAAUAUGUGUUUGUGGAAACUGCAAGGGGUGACCUUUAUUUGAACUCUUAGUCUAAAAAGGACAAGCUCUGGUUGUUACCUAACGCGAGGACGCGAAAACGUGCCUUCGAUAGCUGCUGUCUGAUAAUUGGCUAACUAUUGUUAGCUAUCCGGAUACCGUUGGUAUUGUUGGGAUUUUUUAAAGAGUCCGGCUCCUGGUACCGCUGGUGUUGCUCUGUCCAUAGAGUUGUGAAGCUGAUGGAGUGUCCUCAUCUGAGCUCUAACCUAGGCUGUGCCACCGAUUCCCCAAGGUUCCCUAACGGCACACCGUCCUCCUGGUGCUGUAAUGUUUGCAGGUCGAAUAAAAGUCCAUGGAUUUGCCUGACCUGUCUGAUGGUUCACUGUGGGCGGUAUGUCAAUGGGCAUGCUAAGAAACACUUUGAGGAGAACCAGGGCCCUGGGAUUUGUCAAAGAAAGGGUGAAAAACAGGAGAAAGAGAAAACCUCUCAUUCCGUCUGCAUGGAUUGCAGCAACUUCAGUGUAUUUUGUUACAGAUGUGAUGACUUUGUUGUCAAUGACACCAAACUUGGACAUGUGCAGAAGGUCAGAGAAAAUCUCCAGAGUUUAGAAAAUUCAUUGCUUUUGGGAGACAGACAGAGGAAGAGGAAAUUUCUAGAAAGCCCAGCUGCAGAUGGCAAGCUGUUAAAAGACAAUGAUGGUGUAGCUGUGGGAGCAACUGGUCUACGAAACUUGGGCAACACAUGUUUCAUGAAUGCCAUCCUGCAGUCGCUCAGCAACAUCGAGCAGUUCAGCUGUUAUUUCAAGGAGCUGCCUGCUGUAGCCCUGCGGAGUGGUAAGACGGCAGGAAGAAGGAUGUACCACACCCGCAGCCAGGGGGACAACAGUGUUUCCCUGGUGGAGGAGUUCAGGAAAACUCUUUGUUCCCUGUGGCAAGGAAACCAGGCUGCCUUUAGUCCAGACUCCUUAUUUUACGCCAUAUGGAAAAUUAUGCCCAGUUUUAGGGGCUAUCAGCAGCAGGAUGCUCAUGAAUUCAUGCGUUACCUGUUAGACCACCUCCACAGGGAGCUCCAGUACAGUCGCAAUGGGGCAGCUUUCCCUGUCUCGCCUCAGGAUGGAGUCACGCUCACCAGCACAGAUAGUAAAUGCUGCAUAAAUGGGACUUCCAGUGUUGUCACGUCCAUUUUCGGUGGAAUACUUCAAAAUGAAGUCAACUGCCUGAUAUGUGGGACAGAAUCUCGAAAGUUUGACCCAUUUCUUGAUCUGUCUUUGGACAUCCCCAGUCAGUUUAGACAAAAGAGAAGUAAGGACCAGGAGCCAGGUCCUACAUGCACUUUACGUGACUGCUUGCGUAGCUUCACUGACCUCGAAGAGCUUGAUGAAACUGAGCUAUAUUAUUGCCACAAGUGUAAAAAACGCCAGAAAUCGACUAAGAAGUUCUGGAUCCAGAAGCUGCCAAAGGUCCUGUGCCUGCAUCUCAAACGGUUCCACUGGACGGCCUUUCUGAGAAACAAGGUGGAUACUUAUGUGGAGUUUCCACUGACAGGCCUGGACAUGAGAGGCUUCUUACUGGAGCCAGAGAACACAUUACCAGGAAGCUGCUUGUAUGACCUUGCUGCUGUUGUGGUGCAUCAUGGGUCUGGGGUCGGAUCGGGGCAUUAUACGGCGUAUGGCAGCCAUGAGGGCCGCUGGUACCACUUCAACGACAGCACAGUGACUCUGACCAAUGAGGACACGGUGAAGAAAGCUAAGGCCUACAUUCUCUUUUAUGUUGAGAGGAUUGGUCAAGUGGCUUUAGACAAGAUUCCCUCCGACAGCACGUCCGCAAUCCAGCCUGAAGUAGACACGGCAGCCACAGACUGCGUUUCAGCAGAAAUAGUUACUCAGGAGGACCAGGCUCCAGCAGACGCAGAGAUAGUUUUGAUGGAUGGUGCAGCCGAACAAACAGACAUCCCUGGUGAUAAAGAAGGAGGAGUUGCUAGCGUAAAUAUAGCCUCUUUAAACAAGACGACAAUGGUGUCAGCAGAGGCUGCAGCAGACGAAGAGAUCUCAGAGCAGACUGUGACGGAGGAAUCGAUGCACACUGCUGCGCCUGAAUUCACUGCCUCAGAUUAGCUUUUUGGUUUCACCUCAACGUGUCACAGCCCUUCUUUAUUAAUCUAGUUCAUUUCCCCAUUGAUCAUACGAGUUUCUUGUGUUGAUGUGUUUGAAAUAAUGACUUGCUGCUUUUUAUAUAUUUUUAGGUGUAUUUUGUCAGAUUUUUCUGUAUGUUAUUGUUUCUAAUAAUGAAGUAAAGCUUGAACUUUGGAAAACCUCAGGCGGUCCAUAGUUCAAUAGACUGAGACUGUAUCCCCGCAUUGUAAUUGUGAAUAUACUUGACUGUUUUGUCAUAUUUCUUUAAGUUUCAUAAUUUUGCCUUUUUUCCCACACUUUAAAUCGUCUAGCUCUGUUUAUCAGUUUUUUAGUGAAUAUUUAGUCUUUAUACUGCAUCAUGUUGGAGUGUUUAUUUGGGCUUUUUGUUUGUAUUUCCUUCUUUACCAC